ACAGCGCAGUUUCCUCAUCAGAACUAGAUUCUAGCGCAAGGAACCCUCUGUGCGUUCUGAAAUCAUCCCCCCUGUGUUGAUAAAUUCCAGUGAUUAUCGUCUUCUUGCCUGACCCAGAAGGUUGCACAAUGUUGUCGUUUUUCCGAAGAAAGACCUCAGAAGAUCUCAGUGUAUCACCCAGCAGUUCCAGUGCCGUCGCCCCAUCACCGAAGAAAGAAGUCACGCCAUCACCGACCUUAUCGCAGCUCGGUUACCGCAGUGCGGACGAUCUGAGAGAAACAAUCUAUGAUUUCCUGCGUACCAUCCGAGAUCCGGAGAAGCCAAACACACUGGAGGACCUGAAGGUGGUUUACGAGGAGGGCAUCUUCGUCCAGGAACCAACCGAGGGCAACGUUUAUGUGGUGCGAAUCGAGUUCAACCCGACGGUACCGCACUGCUCGUUGGCCACUCUUAUUGGACUGUGCAUCCGGAUCAAGAUCCAGCGGAACAUCAACCACAAUCUGAAGCUGGACAUCUACAUCAAGAAGGGAGCCCACUCGACGGAGGAAGAAAUUAACAAGCAGAUCAACGAUAAGGAACGGAUAGCGGCUGCAAUGGAGAAUCCCAACCUACGACAGCUGGUGGAAAGUUGCAUCAAAGAGGAAGACUGAGCGGUGGGAGGUGAACCCACACAAGACGUGUUUGGAUGGCAGUUUUAUUUGUUUCGUUAGAUUUUUGAAGGGGUGCAAGGAAGUUAAAUAUUUUUUGACAUAGAGAUAUUUUAUUCAAUAAUAAAGUUUGGUAGAAAAUGA